AUUCAAGAUGGCUUCCCAAGGUUCCAAGAAAGGAAAAAAGGGGAAAGCAGUUAAAGGAAAGACGUUGAAUCUAAAUGAUUUUCUCUCGGAUGGCAGCAGUGGUACCAGUGCACCGGGAACCAGUUAUGUUAUGAAUAACAAGUCAUGGGCGGACCAGACUGAAGAAGCAGAUGAGUCUGCGUUUUUGGACAGCAAACCACUGCCAAACCGUGCUGCAUUACCGACAGCGCCCCGCAGUGCCCAGCCGGCUGAGCUGGACUUCUCUAAACUGCCAGAUAAACCUCCAUACACCGUGUACUUGGGUAAUAUCCCAUUUGAUGCCGAUGAAGAUGACAUCACACUUUUCCUGAGGGAUUGUAACGUGAGCCAAGUUCGGCUGCCAAGAGAGGGCGAGAGGCUGAAAGGAUUUGGCUAUGCAGAGGUCGAUGACCUGGAGUCUCUGACGGCAGCUUUGGCACUCAAUGACCAGACGAUUAGAUCAAGGCGUAUUCGAGUCGAUGUAGCUGGUCCUGGUCAUCAAGAUGGCAAAGAUGAUCGUACUAGUGGUGACUGGCGAGCAGGGAGGGAUGCAGGAUCUGUUUUUGGUCGAGGAUCUUAUGGUGGCAGAAGAGAUGAUGCAUUUGGUGGAAGUGGAGGAGGUAGUGGUGGUGGUGGUGGUGGUAGCAGUGAGGACAGUGUUUGGAGACGUAAGACACCAGCAGAGGGCAGUAGUGCCUUUGAGAGUAGAGGAGGGGGCAGCCGAGGAUUUGAUGACCGAGGGAGAAGUGGAGGCUUCGACCGGGAUCAAGGGGACCGAGGUUUCGGAAGCAGUAGAGACAAUAGAUUUGGAAACGAUCGCGGGUUCGGAGGGGAUAGGGACCGUGGUUUAGGCGGGGAUAGAGAUCGCAGUUUUGGCGGAGAUAGGGACCGUGGUUUUGGUGACCGCGGUGGUGAUCGUGAUAGAGGUUUUGGUGGAGAUCGUGACCGUGGCUUCGGUGGGGACCGAGGCUUUGGUGGCGAUCGAGACAGGGGUUUCGGAGGAGAUAGAGGCGGUGGAAGAUCACAGGGCUUUGAUAAUUAUUCCGCACCCAGAGAUCGAGGAUUUGGAGAUCGGGAACGAGACAGGGGAAACCGAGACAGAAAUUAUGGGGGUGAUAGAAAUGGCGGAUAUAGUGGCGGAGGAGGAUACAUAAGAAGCGAACAAGACGGAGAAAUGGAAUCGGAACCGCAUAAAGAGAGGAAGAAGCUUGUCCUGACCAAGAAAUCAGACCACUCCGGUGACUCAGGCUCCGGUCAACAGACCAAGUCGGCCAUCUUCGGCGGAGCUAAGCCUGUGGAUACAGCGGCACGUGAGCGUGCCAUUGAGGAGAGACUAGAAAGGGAAAGACGUCUUGAGGAGCAAGAGAGAAUGAAGAAUGAGAAGGAGAGGGAACCAGUCAUGAGAAGGGAGAGGCCAGAGCGCCCUCGCAGGGAGAGCGAAGGAGAGGGCAGAACGAGACACAGCAGCUCUAGCUCAGGCAAAGGAGGACCAAGGCCAAUCAUUGCAAGGAGAGAGAGUGAACGAUCCAACGAGGAUGAUUCUGCUUUCCAUAAAGACGAGCCUCUCUCGCCCACCUCUCCGACCACACCCAAAUCACCUAAGACCCCCAUCUCACCUCGACAAGACGAAAUCAACUUGCAGAAUGUCAUCCCAGCUCCCCCGCCCAAGGAGAACGCUUGGGCCAAGAGGAGCGAGAUUGUUUCGUCUCCUCCAACUGGAUCAUCUCAGAUGUCACCUCCCUCAAGGGAUGUAGAUGGUAGAUAUAAAGGAGAAGGGUCAUCUGACAGGCAGUAUCGAGAGACUGGCCCGCCCAAGGAUAAUGCCUGGAAAAGGGAUGCUAGACCAGUCGGACGUGGAGAGCGUGGUGGGAUGAACAGAAAGCCAGGAGACCAGGGUGGGCCGGGAGCUGGCCGUGGAGAAAGACGAAGGGAUGAUGAUCGACGAGAGAAUAGACGUAGCGAGGGUGACGAUAGACCAGCAAGGAAACAGCCAGCUGAGAUGCCCAAAUAUGAGCAGCCUGCUCCGACGGACUGGAGUCAACCUAACAAGUUCUCUGCGGCACUGGCAGAUGAACUCCAGGAAUCUGAUUAAGCCAGCCUUAGUCACCCACUUGUCAUCAAACCUGUGCAUGGGUAAACCUUAUUAAUCACAGGAGACCUUAUUUUUGUUGGCAUUUUUGAGUAUUUGUAGACUUGUUCCAAGUCCGUUGAUUGAUUGAUAUGAGUGAAGUCUAUGGCUAAUGACAGAUUAGACUUGAACAAAGUCUGCUGAUGGGUUUUUUGAGGUUAGACUUGAUCAAAGUCUUGUAAGUUUUCUUUUUUUCGGUCUCAAAAAGGCCAAGCACAGCAACGUAUCAAUACACAUCAUAGUUACUCAUGUACAAUUCAGUUUUCUCCUGAAACACCUUUUAAAAACAUCAAAGAAUCAUCGUUAAACAAAAAUCAAAAUACUUUUUAUGUCACUUGUAAUGAACUUAUGACCUUAGGUGUUAUACGCAUUUAUCAUUCAUUUUUUCCUUUAUUAUAAAUAACUUUUCAUGAAAAUUUAAAGGAAGACGUAAAGGGUAUUACUAAUAACUUCCUGACUAUUUCAAGUCAAGAUUUUGUUUUGGGUGCUGUUUUUUGUCAGUGUACCUGCAAGAAUAAUCAAUGUGACUUGAUCAUUAAAUAGGAAUUCGUGAACCCCCUUCUGCAAAUGUUAUUUCAGUAAAUUAAAGUAUUUUUAUAUCUCAGCUGGGAAAUGAAUCUCGUUAAAUCAAACUAGGAUACUUGAGCUAGACCCCCCUAAAAACUCCCAAUAAUAACUAAAAAGCGAAAGAAGAAGAACAAAAAAAAUAACAAAUAAAAAAGUUUCUGGUGAACAUGACUAACUCGCAUUAAAACAGGUGAAGAUUGAUACUUAAAUAAAAUCAUGUUAAACUUGUAGGUCCUGCCUAAAUAUAUUUGUGAUGGAAUAUUUGACUUUUGAAGUUUAUGUUUACUCUUUCAGUAUAACAGCAUACCUCGUUAUCGGUGAACGCAUUGGCAUUUUGCCUUAAUCUUUAAUUUAUCAAUCAAUUUAUGGUAAUUUAUAAUGGAAUUUCUUUACUUUUCAGGUUUUUGUUAUUAUUUGAACUUACACAUCGCCUAGAGGAGUUUGUUGAACCGAGCUCAAACUGUCAAUUUAUGGCUGCAACCCCACCCCAACCCCAAAACUGCUUUACAGAAGUCAUGUUAACGAAGAAUUAAAUCACAUUAGUAAAUUGGCUUUUUGGUUUUGAUGUAAAGUGACUAUAAAGAAGAAGUUGAAAAAGCUAUUUUCACGGAAUCUUUGUUAAUAGUGCGAUCCAUUAUGUAACUGUACAUUUGUAAUAAUAUACAAUUUUAAGAUGUACUUUUAUAUUUGUUUGAGACUUAACUGGGGAAAGUGUUUAGUACUGACCUCAGAUGACCAUGGAAUUGGUACCAGUCUGGUCCCUCUGUUGUACUGUGAUAAUCAGUAGUCAAUAUUACCAGUUCAUACAGGGAAUCAGAUAUAAUGGGUAUUAGCAUGCUAAAGGUGUACUAACAUCUGUAGACAGUUACAACUCAAAGAAUUGGUAUCAUAAAAAACAUGUGCACACAGUGUUCUUAAAUAUCAUUGAUAAAACAUCACACAGCAAUUCUACAUAAGCAAGGUAGUAAUGGUAUUCAGCACUGGACACCCUAGUCAUUCAAAACAAACGGGCAAUCUUUAUUUUUUCCGCUUGUGGCAUCAUUAAAAGUAAAGGUAAUACAAUUAAUUAAUUUAAUAAAAUACAAUUUCACAGGUUGGUUAAUAUUGUACAUAUCUAUUUGUUCUAACAACAUGUAGUGCGAUCUUAUUUUGAAUUCCGGAAAAGAAAUGAGCUUUGAAGAGGCAAAGUCCACCUUUGUUUGUUUGUUUGUUGGUGUGUUUGUUUGUGGAACACAUUUAUUCCAAGCAUCGCCUUUUAAGAAAUGUAUCACGUGACUAUUGAUGUAUCGACCCAUAAUGAGUCGUCUCAUAUGGUCGAACAUAAAGCUCACUGACUGUUAACAAUUUAAAUAUUUUAAUUCUUGUUGAUAAAUCAUGACAAACUUAGUGCCAUGAUACAAUUCUUUUAAAAGCUGUAAAUCUGGAAUGAUUGGUCUUGGUGUAAAAUAAAAGCAACGGUGGUCUUUCCUCGGAAGCACUUGCUGUAUCGUAAGACUAUCUUAAGACUAAAA